GAAAAUUUGGCAGUAUAACUUCAACUAUUGCAAAAGAAUGAUCGAUACGGCAUAUCUCACUGGAAUCAAUAUGCUUGAGGUUGCCCAUAUUAUUUUAGACAUCAUGACUGGUGAGGAUGUCUGUGAGAAAUCCAGAACGCCCACCUUUAUCGACAGGAUUCCCAGAAAAGAUAGCAUACGCUCAUCUGAAGAUGCUAGUAAUGAAAGGUUUCCUAUUACUCUUAAUAGCUUUGUAUUCUGGGAGGGGUGUCAGGUUAAAGCAGAUAAUCCUGGACAUAAGUUAGUACCCUUAGUCCUGACAAACCUUAAUGAUCAAAGAAGAUAUGGGCAAGCACUUAUUUUCUACGAGAAAUUAGAGUACUAUAUUCCAUUAUUAAAAUCCUGUAUCAAGGAGAGAAAUUAUGAGAGUUUUGGGAGUGAUAUUUUCACAGAUAUAUCCCAAAUUAAUACAAAAAGGUUAGAUCCUAAGUUUUUGAGAAAAAGUGUCGAGUCAGAAGAAGGAUCUUCUGUCAGCAUUAGAGAGAGCAAAGAAUUCAAAAAGAAAUUCAAUAUAUUCAGCCUAGUUGAUGAAUUAAUCUCAGAUUUGGAAGGGAUAAAUCUUGAGUUUUAUCUCCCAAAAGCUCUUAUUUUGAUGUCUGAAUGACCAUUAUAUGUCCACAUGGCUGAAAUUCUUGAAAGCGUGUAUACUAAUAUAUUGACAGGAAGCACUGAGUACCCGCUAGAUUUAUAUCUGAUAUAUUUGACACAUUGUGUACCUCUUCCAACAUAUGGGACUCAUAUAACAUAUUCAUUAUGUGAUAACAAGACAGUCGAUAUUGAAUACCCUUCUCUUAAUCAAUUGCCUUAUGUGUGAACAGACUUUUAUUUUAAUUUCUUUGCAGGGAGAUAUCUAUCAUUUGAAUCUCUCAAACAUGUUCUGUACUGGCUACUCACUCAGAUGGGGUCUAUUUUUGUGGUAUCUAAAGAUACAACAAAGAUAGUAGAGACCACUGAAGUCAUUCGGACUUUGAUAUUCCCAUUUGAGUAUAGAGACAUUUACAUCCUAAGCUUAUCUAGUGAUCUAUAUUGAUACUGAGAGAGUCCUUUCCCCCUCUUAAUAGGUAUCCCUGACAGAGACGGUAAGGAUAUUCAAUCAGUGAUUGAACAAGCAAGCGAUCUUUCUCUGAUCAUAGAUCUUGACAAUAAUGAACUAAUUGUAAAGUUCAAUGAAGAGGAUUAUUUCAUAAAAGACUUCAUACAAUUUCCUUUCCAAGAUCGUGAUUAUUUCUACAAGCUUAAAUAUCUUCCCUUCACUAAACACAUAAAUGAGCUUGGAGACCAAAUCGAGAGGCAAAUAUCGAUUUAUUACGAGAAAGACGGUAACCCAGAUUAUGACAGGAAUAUAUCUAAACAGAUAUUCGUCAGUGAGAUCAGAAGAGCAUUCCUAACUUACUUCUGUUAUGUCUUUAAUGACUAUAGAGACCACCUAAAGAAAGAGAAAGACCUUGAUCCUGAAGAAGUUGAGAACAACAUUAGGACAAUUAUAAAAGAGAAACCCAUAACCAAGAAGUACAUUAAGAAUGACUUCUACAGGGAUUUCCUUGAAACAAGGUACUGGAUUGAUUUCUUAGCAAAGCUAUGAAAUUUCUUAUCUCCUACUCUUGAAGACAAGGCUCGAAUCAAACUUUUUGAUGAGUAUAUCCUUCUUACAAAGUCAAACAAAGGGUUAAAGAAAAUCUUGAGCAUCUUCCAGAAGCAACAAAGCAAGAAGGAGCUUUGGGUCAAUCAAACUUAUCCCAAAAAUGACUACUCUAAGUUAUUCAUCAUCGAAAAUAUCCAGGAAGAGAAGAAGAUCAAUAAAAAUGGGAUUGUCUAUGGUCAGACUAUGGAGUUCUGCCUCAACAUUUACUAUGACACAAUCUCAGAAAAAGAGGGAAUUUUCUUCAGAGAUUACCUCGAUAUUGACGAAGACAACCAAAAAUUUUGCUAUAAGAUCAUACCUGAAUUCUGAAGUGAAUACAUUCCUGACCCAUACAACUUCAAACCACAUUGAAGAGAAUUCAGAAAUUUCCCACCUGAAUUUAAGAUUAAGGAAAACCCUGAAAUUCUGGACAUAGAAGAGUUUAAAAAUUUUGAAGAGCCAGAAAAGAAUCCCACUGAAGUCGAGAGAAUCUACGACAUUGAAAUAAGUACUAAUGAAGGUGAGGUAUACCUCACCUGGGUCAUUAUGUGGUGCAUUACUUUUGAAUUCAUUCCUACUCGUCCUGAAAAAUUCUUCCGAGUCUACCAGCUUAAUGGAAUCCUUUUAAAACUGAGAGACAUAAUCAAAGAUUCUAAGAAAUGGACCAUCAUUUUCAAGGAAAUUCUUAGAAUAAUUCAUAAGCAUGGCGAGAUCAAAAUGGUCAUCAGAGUUCUACAAAUGAUGAAGCUAUUGAACAACAAGAAAAAGUUUUUAAUAGCCCAAUCCAGCACAGCUGACAAGAUCUUCCUAGAAGCAAUGGAUAAGGACCUUCAUAUCGAUAAGAAUGAGAAAGCUAUCUAUAACCAGCUAAAGAAAGGGCUCGACUCUAAAGAGAUAGAGUAUCUCAAGAAUAAUGCAAGAAGAGCUAUUGAACCUUUCAAUGAGAAAUCUGCCCCUUCUAGACUGAAGCUGUGGAAAAGAAACUUUAGAAGUUAUGAAGACAGGUUUAACUGGAAUAUCCAGGAUGUUGUCACUUUUAAGGUCAGCAAGGUUUGUAAUGUGGAUGGUCUUGCAAUUGUGAAUAUUAACAAAGAGAAAGAAGAAGACCUUACUUGCUUCUUUGGAGGGCAUAAAAUUAACAUACCUAUUUCUAUCACUAUUGGACAUCCUUUUAAUGAAGACCCUAAAUAUACUGAAUCUAAAGAAAUUACUUUCAUCACUGAAUAUGCUUUAAGGAAGGAAGUGAACAAGCUCGCUCGAAGAUUAAACCAAAAUGUCGAUUAUGAAGAAGAAGAAAAGGCUAAGGAAUCUCCAUUCAGCCUAUCUUACCUGCGUAACUCAUUUGGAGCUAUGUCUGAAGCCUCAGAACAUAACUACUCAAUGCUUAGCGUAUUCUGGCACUGAAUCUACUACUUCACUCUUAGGAACCUACCUUACGAUUUUAUUCUUCCUAGUGAGGAUAUUGAUAUCCUUUCCAGGUAUGUAGAUGCAAACAGACACAUAAAUGUUUGUACGGAUAACCCUGAUGAGGCUGACUUAUCACAAAACUUGUCAUAA